UCCCAACCUCUCAAGUUGUCUUCAAAGAUGUUUUGGUAGUACUCUACCUGUUUCUAAAAACAGACCAAGCUGGCCCGUAUCAAUGACCCUCCCCGUCGGUCCCUGUUGUCCCUCCUGCACCGUUGUUUUAGGCGCCCUUUGAGUCGCUUCCAUUGCGCUAUCUCAAAUCCCUUUCCUGCACUUUAAUUCGAUCAUUUGAAAGGAGGGAACUAAUUGGAUUCAUGGCAUAGCAAUCUGUGAAAGUCCAAGAUAAAGGGGCAAGGAAGGAAGAUCUGAGGACCAGGGCGGGGAAUGCACCACCUUUCUUCGUUGUUGCAGCGAUGCGUUUCUGCGAAAAGCCUCUGCAACUCCAAGGCCCUCCACGCACAUUUGCUGACCACCGGAAUCCUCGCUGACAUCUACUUUCAAACGAAACUUCUCUUGGCAUACGCUAAAUGUGGUGACCUCCACACCGCAAGCCACCUCUUCGAUGCCAUAAACCCGAAAAAUGACGUCGCCUGGAACGCCAUCCUCGCCGGAUUCUCUCAACAUGGACACCACCAAGAGACCCUCGACGCCUUCUCGGUUAUGUACAAGUCCGCCGUGGCCCCCGACAGCUAUAGCUUCGCCGGUGCCCUCGUCGCAUCGGCCGCACUGAAACAGCUCGUCUUCGGUAGACAGACCCAUGCUUGCAUUGCAAAGAGCGGAUGGGGGUCUAGCGUCUUCGUUGCCACCGCCCUCGUCGACAUGUAUGGCAAAUGUUCGUCGGUGGCUGAUUCCAGGAAAGUGUUCGACGAAAUGCCUCAGAGAAAUGCGGUGACUUGGAAUGCCAUGAUCUGUGCAUGUUGUGCCGAGGAGCCUGACUGCCAAGAGGGCUUGGUGUUGUUUCGGCAGAUGGUCUGGACUAGUGGACUGGCUCCUGAUAGGUUCACACUUGCAGCAGUUUUGCGAUUAUGCUCGAGCACUGCGGCCAUGGAACAGGGGAAGCAGGUUCAUGGUCAUGCAAUAAAGAGGAGUUUGGAGGACGUUUUUGUGCAAAGUUGCCUUGUGGAGAUGUAUUCUAAAUGUGGCUUUAUAGAGAUUGCUAGGAGGGUGUUUGAGAGAUCAAAGAACCGAGGCGAUUUGGUACUGUGGACCGCAAUGAUCUCCGGAUACGGGAAGCAUGGGAAAUCCGAGCAGGUGGUAGAGCUAUUCGAUCGAAUGCUGAGUGAAGGGAUCAAACCUGAUGAUGUAACCUUUGUGGUGGUACUGUCUGCUUGUAGCCACCAAGGGCUGGUGAACAAAGGCUGCAACUAUUUCCGAUCGAUGGUCAUCCAUCAUGGAAUCCAACCUAAAGAAGAACAUUAUGCUUGUCUCAUGGAUCUUUUGGGCAGAGCUGGGAAGUUGGAAGAGGCAUGGGAUUUAGUUAAAGAAAUACCAACUAAUGCAGUCAGUCCUUCCUUGUGGGGAGCUCUGUUGGGGGCUUGCAGCAAUUUAGCAAAUUUGGAACUGGGGAAGCAAGCAGCUGAAAGGGUCUUUGAGUUGGAUCCGCAGAACGCAAGAAGCUACGUGGUUUUAUCUAACCUGUACGCUUCUGUCGGAAGGUGGGAAGAGAUUGAAGAACUGAGACAGAAGAUGAAUGCUAGGGGGGUAAAGAAAGAGGCAGGCUGCAGUUGGAUAGAGAUGAAAUAAUACAGAUUAAUAGAGAAAAGUGAAUAUUAUAGCUGUCUUGUAUUACUUGUAUGUUUUUAAUUUUCCCGACUAAUCUUUUCAACCAUUCAUGUAACAUAACCAUUGACACUGGAGGAAUUUCUUCUCAAAACGUCUGCAUCUUUCUAUCUCCAA